UUUAUGCUUUUAAUAUUUCAUAUACACUACUUGUUAUAUAUAUAGCUAACUUUAAAGUUUGUUUGUUAAUGGUGUAGACAUGGCGAACUCGGAAUCAGGAUCUCAUUCGGGCGCAGAAAAUGAGUGUCCAACCACAAUACCUACACGAGGGCCGACGCAAAUGAAUGAAAUAUCCAAACUCAUGGAUCAGGGCAAAAGAGCGGCCCUCGAGGUUAAUGACAAAGGUCAAUACUGUGGAAAAAGCUAUGCGAAGCUCGUAUCCACUCUAGGAGUCAAAUGUCGGCAGACAAUAGGGUUGGCCUAUAAAAACUGGAAAGAAGUCAACCCGACUCUGAAAAAUAAAGUUUGGAAAGACAUACAGACGGGGUUCAUUGUGCCGGACUCCUUCAAACAUGAUUGUCUCAUCCUAGCUGGGAAGUUAAUGAAAGACUUCAAGAAUAGGAUGACAAAAGACAUCAUAAUGCCCGCGUUGAAAGAGAAUGAUCUGGGACGACUGGCACAAGUCCCUGAAAAAGACCCCGAGAUCGACGCUGCUGAUUGGUGCAAAUUUGUUGAAAGUCGACUAACUCCUGAAUUUUUGGUACGCUAAUUAUAUUAACACUAAGAUAAACUCUUAAAUACAAGUACAUGUAUCUAAUGUAUUUUUUUGGCAUUGUAGGAAUUGAGUAAGGUGCAACGUGAACGUUCCUCAAAAAUUCAAUCCAGACAUCGAAGUGGUCGGAGUGGAAUGGUGAACGUACGGGAAGUUGUGGUAAGUAAUGCUUAAAAUUUAAUGUGCUAUAAUGUGCUAUACAAUUUAAUUGGUACUCAUUUCAUUGUUAUAACGUUAUGUAGAAAAAGGACCUCGAAGUUGCAGAUCCCCCCCGCCACCGUGUUUGGAUUAAAUCUCGCACCAAGAGUAG